GAAAAAAUACACAGAGAAGCAAAAUGCUUUCCUGUUUGAUUUUGAAUGGAACAACAACACAUGGUGCAUCGAUGCCUCCCAUGAAGAUGACUCAAUGGGCCGGCUGGUUAAUGAUGCCCACAAGUCCCCAAACUGCAAAAUGAAAAAGCUGACAGUCCAGGGAAAACCUCAUCUGUGCCUGUUUGCAAUUGAAGACAUCCAGGCAGAGAGUGUAACCUAUGACUAUGGAAAAUCUCAGUGGCCAUGGCGAGCUCUGACACCAAGUGUUGACAUCCUGACUCAACCUUCUGCAGACCAAGAAGUGAGCGAGAGAUCCACUUCAUCCUUCCAACAGACACCAAGUGUUGACAUCCUGACUCAACCUUCUGCAGACCAAGAAGUGAGCGACACAUCCACUACAUUCUUCUCCUUGACACCAAGUGUUGACAUCCUGACUCAACCUUCUGCAGACCAAGAAGUGAGCGACACAUCCACUACAUUCUUCUCCUUGACAUCAAGUGUUGACAUCCUGACUCAACCUUCUGCAGACCAAGAAGUGAGCGAGAGAUCCACUUCAUCCUUCCAACAGACAUCAAGUGUUGACAUCCUGACUCAACCUUCUGCAGACCAAGAAGUGAGCGAGAGAUCCACUUCAUCCUUCCAACAGAUUCCCAGCAGAGCACAGCACUUCAACUACAUUCAUCCCAGGCAUCCUCAAAACACCCCAGUGGAAAGCAAGCUGGGAAGGUGAAAAGCAAGUGGACAGAUGAUGAAGUGAAGGCUGUUGAGCAGCACAUGUUGCAUUUCAUAACAAGCUGCAAAGUACCAGGUAAAAAGGAAUGUGACUCCUGCCUCCAAGCAGAACCACUAGCUCUGAAAGACAGAGACUGGGUUGCCAUCAAAUACUACAUUCACAAUAGAAUCGUAGCAACAAAAAGGAAGAUGAAAAGCUAGAACUAUAUCAUGUGGCCCAAGUACAAUUCCAUAUCAGUUGAACUUAAUUUUAUUUUCAUUCUAUAUCUUUUGUAAAUGAUGAUACUCAGUUGCUCAAGUUGCUCUGUGCUACCAAAUGUUCAGAUUGAAGAAUGAGUAUUUUUUGUUUAACCCCCCACUCUCUUGGUUUUAUUCACAGUACCUGCCAUAAUUUCUUUUAGAAAAUUAUGUUUAAGAUGAUAGGUGCAUACUCUGCUCUUUC